AGUGAGUGAAAUCUGGCGGGACGAAUCCGUAGAGUUUUGUCCCGCGGAGGAAAAUCUCGUAAAUUUAUUCUCUCGCAAAAAAAAAAAAAAAAAAAAAAAGAAAUUGAGGUGAAGGCAGCGUGUGCGUGCGUGUGUGCGUGCGCUCGAGACCAAACCAGAAUUUUUAUAUGACGAUGACUAACGCCUCCUUUUCUCUCUCUCUCUCUCCCCCUCUCCCCCUUUCCUUGCAGAGUGCGAACGAGGAGAGACGGAUGAUGAGGGCAUCGAGAGGGACUCGGGAGACUCCGAGGACGAGCUCGACCGGGCCGCCAACUUCACCAUGGCGGACGCUCUGCAGGUGUGCGAGAGCCGGCUAACGAGCAGCGGCAUGGAGGUGACCGUCUGCGAGCACUACAGGGCCGUGGUGAGGGCGCUGGUGGCCGAGGCGCUGGACCUGGUCUCGUUCCUGCAGAAGGUCGCCCUCGGGAACAAGUUCGCCCCGCACCCGUCGGACCUGCUGAGCUCGGAGAGGGACCUGCAGGAGCUACAGAGGGAGGAUUGGGCUCGACUAUGGAUCCAGGUGAUGCGUCAGCUGCGGGAGGGAGUCAAGCUGAAGAAAGUGGAGUACUCUUACGCCCCCAUAGAAUAUGCUCUCACCCCUUAUGAGAUGCUGAUGGAAGACAUACGGUCGCGCAGAUACACCCUAAACAAGGUUAUGGUUAACGGUGACAUUCCUCCUCGGGUCAAGAAAGACGCACACACCAUCAUCCUGGACUUUAUCAGAUCACGGCCACCUCUUAGAAAGGCGUCUGAGCGGAAGCUGUUGCCGCCCCCAAGAAAGAUCUCAUCUCCAAUGGAACUACUGAUGGAGAGCAUCAGGAAGGACCACAACCUCAAACACGUCUCAACGCCCACAAGAGCCAGACCCAUGUCGACUUUGGAUACUGCGUAA